CUCCCCGCCCCACACCCCACUGUACCCCACUUCUCCCCCGCCCCCCACCGUACCCCAUCCUUCUCCUGCUGACCAUUGUAACCGCUGCCUGUUUCCCUCCCACCCCCGCUGUGCGGUCCCCUGACCCACGGGCGGCAGGUGGGAGGCCUGGGCCUGGACAGGGGGCGUCCCUGGGGCCACUUGCGGGAGGCGGAGCAGGACAGGGUGCAGUGGCUGCUCCAGCCUGUGGGGCCCUUGUGGAGAAAGGUGGCAGCAGGGCCUGGGGUCCCAGGUCCCCCAGGGGGCCCACCCCGCACUGUCCAGCUAGUGGCGGAAGGCGAGCCCAGCAGAGCCUGACACUGCUUCCGUCUGCCAGAGGGACGCAGGCAGCCGUGGGAGCCCAGGUGGCUCUGGGGCCCUUCCCCCUGAGCCCAGAGGUGCAGACCGGCGGGCCGCCCAGGCCAUGAGCAGCAGGAAGCCUUUGCUUGCAGACCCCCACAGGGAGAAGUCGGGGCCACAGCUGCCCCAAGGGCCCAGACUGGCCUCUCCCUCCCCCGGCCCCACUGACACCUGGGGCCAGCCCGGGCCCCAGAGCAGCAGCCAGCAGGCACCGGAGACUCAGGACUGGGUGAGCGAACCCCAGGAGAGCCGGGAGCCGCGCCGCCACUGGAGCCUCAGCAUCGACGAGCGGCGGCAGCGGGCCAUGCGGGGCUCCACCGGGAUCUGCACCUGCCGCCCGGACCUCCUGCGGGUCCUGACCCAGCUGGCCGACGAGGUGGUGGACAAGGACGUGCUCAUCCCCCACCCGCAGAGGCCCGCCCUGUCCACCUUCCCUGGCCGCGCCCUCCUGACCCUCGGCCUGCCUUUCUCCCGCAACGCGACUUCGGGGGCCCAGGCUUCGCGGUGCCCGCGCUCCUGAGAG